UUAUCAAAGCAUUUUGUUAAAACAUGUAAAAACAUUUAUAAAAAAUAAAAACAAAAAAUUUUCUGGUUGUUUGAGUUUUUUUGUCUGUUAGAUACAAAGUAACAAGUGUAUAUAAUAUCAUAGAAUCAUAGAUAAAUAAAAUUAUUUUAUGUAGAAAUGUGCCAUUUGUAAUUUGUAACCAAGGAGAUUGCUAUGGCUCCUAGUGAAUUAUCUGAGAAGGAUUUAACACGAUCUAAGAGUCCUGAUAGUGGAUCAGAUGGAGAUACUAAGUAUGCGUUACAAGAAGAUAAGAAAAAAAGUCAGCCUCAAGGAGAGAUUCGUGCUGGAUUACGUUCUUUAUUUUCUGAUAAACCAGUAAGAGUGAAGUUUGUCAAUUUGACUGGUAAAGAAGUGCAGUUGUAUUGGAUAAAUUAUGUUGGAGAAUGUGAAAAGGCUUUUAAACUUUUAGAUGGAAAGUGUGAUGUGAUUGAUACAUUUGAAACUCAUCCUUGGAUUGCUGCAAAUGCGCGUAAUAAAAAGGUGCAUCAUGCAUUUACUAUUGGUAAUAAUUUAGUGUAUUAUCCUAUUCUUGGACCAAAUGGAGGAAAAUUUGCUGUAGCUGAGAUUCGAAAAGCUCCCGAAAAACUUGCUGAAUUAGCAUCUAGUCCUAAUGGUGUUGAGGUAACUGUGAAGUUCAUUAAUCGUACUUCUUGUCGCGCUUUUUUAGAAAUAAUUAAGGAGGACGGAGAGAGAGAACUGAAACAUACUUUAAAAGCUGGAGAAACAUUCACUACCGUUACUCAAGAGAAAACAUAUUGGAUUUCUGUUAUGGACAAAGAAACUGAUGAAGGGCUUUUACUAAAUUACGGUUGGUACUAUUCUCCUAUGAAAACAAGAAUGAAGAAAGAAAGAUGCUACAUUACUGACUAUAUUUAGUCGUUUUGUUCUCAAAUUAUCAAACUUCGUACAAAGUAUUUCACUCGUCAAAGACGAUAAAACCCUGAUUACCUCCUGCACUAGAUCGUGUUACAGAUGAUUGUUUUAUAUACGACGUGCAUACUUGUAUGUACGUAUCGAUUUUUGUGUUAUAUGCUAUAUUUUUGUAACUGACGUGCAUAUUUUUUGUACUUCUUUUUUAUAUAGCAAGUUAAUAUUAAAAUUAAAGCUUUAUGUACAAUAUACAAUUAUUUUUUAUCCUUUAUUUUUAUGUAAAAUAUAUUUUUAUGUAAAAGAUAAAUAAAAAUUUUAA